GGCUAUAGAAAAAGAGAACCGGGGCGCACGGCUAAAACGUCCCCGGUGGCGCCAGGUUCCAGUUAAACUGCUGCGGACGCCAGGUGAAGUCGGGCAGUUGCAUGCUUUCGAACUGCUAAGUGGGCAGGAGGUGGAGCAAGUAACAGGAGCUCAACCCGUUGUCUGGAGCUCGGGUCUCGAACACAGGCGUCUUUAACCACUGAGCCAUCACGCGGCAGUUGCCUUUCAAAAAAAGCACCUUUGGGACAACCGGGACCUGGAUUGACCGAGAAUCUCCAAGCUCUAUAGGGGAUGUCGUGGUAACUUCUUCUCCAACUUUCUGCUGAGCUCACUUCUCCAUUUCCAUCAACGGCUGGACGUUGCGAAACUUCCUGGUGGUUGGCUCUCUUCCCGCCUCCUCCUCCUCUUUUGAUAUCGCCGCUCCCGAUGCCGUGACUUGCCCAUCCUUGCCCUCUAGACGGCGGUCUCAAAGAAUGACAAGGCAAUUUUUUGGGCUGGGCCUUAUGCCAACUCUCUGGAUUCUCUGUGUGGCCUUCCUGCUGGUCGGGAAGACGGAAGCGGUGGGACCUUCUGUUGGACGAUGGAACGCCAAGUUCCCAGCAUCCUUUUCAACAGAUGGUCAUCAUGGAAAUUCUGGAAUCCAGAGCUCCACCUCAGAUGUGGACUGCAGAGACGUGGGAAAACAGAAUCGAUCGGUCCGUUGUUCCUUCAUCCGGCAUAACCCGAACUGCAAGAUGGACAGCGGCUUCCUCAACUACCUCAACGGAGUUUUCUGCGUCUUCCCAGCGGCUCUGCAACCUUUGGCCAUAACCCUCUAUGUCCUCUGGCUUCUCUACCUCUUCGUUAUCCUUGGAGUCACGGCUGAGAAAUUUUUCUGCCCUAAUUUAUCGGCCAUCUCCACCAAGCUGCGGCUGGCUCAUAAUGUGGCUGGUGUCACCUUUCUGGCUUUCGGAAACGGAGCACCUGACAUCUUCAGCGCGGUGGUUGCGUUCUCUGAUCCCCGGACGGCUGGAUUAGCCAUAGGAGCUCUUUUUGGUGCUGGCAUCUUCGUCACCACGAUAGUCGCCGGGGGCAUAGCCCUCAUGAGGCCUUUCACUGCCGCCUCUCGUCCCUUCCUGCGGGAUGCCAUCUUCUACAUGAUCGCUGUGUUCCUGACCUUUGUGGCGCUCUAUUUUGAACAAGUCACCUUGGCAGAAGCUCUGAGUUUCCUUGGACUUUACAUCUUCUACGUCUUGACGGUUGUGGUCUCAACUUGGCUUCACAAGAGGCAGCGCAGGGAACGAUUGGCCCCACCCAGCCAUCCAGAACCAGAGCUUUCAACGGAUUCUGAAGAAGGUGACAAUGCAAACGUGAAUGGGGAGGAAGAGUAUCAACCAUUGUUGCCCUCGGAGGAGACCACGUUCCAGAUUCUGACUCAAUCCAUCAACCCUCUGGAUUAUAGGAAGUGGAGGAGGAAACCCUGCUAUUGGAAACUGCUCAAGGCGUGUAAGCUUCCUGUGGAAUUGGUCCUUUUACUGACAGUACCUAUUGUUGAUCCUGACCGGGAUGACCAAAACUGGAAAAGGCCGCUGAAUUGUCUGCACCUGGUCACCGGCCCACUCAUCUGCAUUCUCGCCCUGAAAUCUGGAACCUAUGGUCUCUACAAGCUCCAGGGAGUCUUCCCAGUUUGGGGUCUCGUCGUCCUGGUAGGAGCUACGUUGGCUGCCGUUCUCUUUUGCGUCACCAGGAAUGGAGAACCUCCCAGGUGCCACUUUCUGUUUGCCUUCCUGGGAUUCUUCGUCAGCGCCAUGUGGAUCAACGCCGCAGCCACGGAAGUGGUGAAUAUCCUGCAGACGUUGGGCAUCAUCUUCCACCUGAGCAACACCGUCUUGGGCUUAACACUGCUCGCCUGGGGAAACAGCAUCGGGGACAUGUUCUCCGACCUCACCAUGGCCCGGCAAGGUUACCCCCGGAUGGCUUUUUCAGCCUGUUUUGGGGGUAUUAUCUUCAAUAUGCUUGUCGGCGUCGGGCUGGGCUGCCUUUUGCAAAUGUCAAGCAGCAAAUGGGUAGUGAGGCUCGAGUCAGACGGCCUCUUGGUAUGGAUUCUAGCAGGUGCCCUGGGCCUCAGCCUGGUCAUUUCUUUCCUUUCGGUGCCUGCCCAGUGCUUCCAUCUGGGAUCAGCUUAUGGCUACUGCCUCAUAGCCUACUACAUGGUCUUCCUAACCAUCGCGCUGCUAACCGAGUUCGGGGUGAUCCGAAUUUCCAGCUUCUGAACGGAGCCUCUCCUCUGAAGGUCUCCCCAACGUCUCCCAAGGUUGUUGGAUCUGCCCUCAACCCUGUGAUUUACUUGAAGAUGGUGCCUUUCGGGGACAAAGACUUGCUGGCAAGGUCUCGAAUAGGACUCGGUACCCAGAUCGGAUGCUGGCCACACGGCGGGAAGGAUGAUUAGUGAAAACUGGACGCCAUGGCUGUGGCGCUGCGACCGACAAGCCAGCGGUUUCACAUCCUUUGGAUGCGAUUUGGGGAUUUUAGAGCCAAAUUCAAGAUUAGACAACCCGUGAGACACCGUUUGUCCCCCCUCCCCGCUCCAACCACCCCCAACAGUGUUAGCUUUUCCAAAUAUAGAUAGAAAUUUUUUUUAAAAAAAAGGUAUCCUUUUUAAGAAACGAGGUUCGUUAGAAGUAUUUUUCGGUUCCUGAACUGAAGCUUGAAUGCGUCCCUCAGGUAUGUAGGGAAUUUUUCAUCCACUCUACUCUACUCUACUUUACUCUACCCUACCCUACCCUACCCUACUGUACCCUACCCUACCCUACCCUACCCUACUCUACUCUACUCUACUCUACUCUACCCUACCCUACCCUACCCUACUCUACUCCACUCUACCCUACCCUACUGUACCCUACCCUACGCUACGCUACUCUACCCUACCCUACCCUACCCUACCCUACCCUACCCUACCCUACUCUACUCUACUCUACUCUACCCUACCCUACCCUACCCUACCCCACUCUACUCUUACCUCUGUUCAGUAGCAGGGGUGUCUCCGUGACUCAUAUAUAUAUGAGUCACCGUGUUUCCCUGAAAAUAAGACCCUGCCUUAUAUUUUUUUGAACCCUGAAAUAAGCGCUUGGCCUUAUUUUUGGGGAGGUCUUAUUAUUUUGGGGCGCAUGGAGAAAGACGGGGCUCCUCUUGCCGUCUUACCUGAUUUCCAGCUCUGUCCCCUUAACCCUAACCAGAGGAAAUAGCGGGGACCGGCUGCACAUGUGGUUAAAUAUUUUCAGCGGAGGGCUUAUUUUCAGGGGAGGGCUUAUUUUGGGGGAUGUCUUAUUUUCAGGGAAACACAGUAUAUAUGAAAGAUAUAUCUUUUAUACACAUAUAAAAGAGCCACGGUGGCACAGUGGUUAGAAUGCAGGCUACUUCUGCUGAUCACCGGCUGCCAGCAGUUUGGCUGUUCAAAUCUCACCAGGCUCAAGGUUGACUCAGCCUUCCAUCCUUCCGGGGUGGGUAAAAUGAGGACCCAGAUUGGUGGGGGGGCAAGAGGCUGACUCUGUAAAGCGCUUAGAGAGGGCUAUAAAAGCACUGUGAAGUGGUAUAUAAGUCUAAGUGCUAUUGCUAUUGCUCUUUUCUCCUUCCUUCCUUCUUUCUUUCCUUCCUUCCUUCCUUCCCUUUUCCCUUCCUUCCUUUCCUUCCUUCCUUCCUUUCCUUCCUUCCUUUCUUCCUUCCUUCCUUCCCUCCCUUGGUGCACAGUAGUUAGAAAGCAAUAUUGCAAGAUAACGCUGCCAGCUGCCAGAAGUUCAAUUUUCACCAGCUCAAGGUUGAUUCAACCUUCCAUUCUUCCGAGGACAGUAAAACGAGGACCCAGAUUAUUUUGGGGUGGGGCAAGAGGCUGACUCUGUAAACCGCUUAGAGAGGACUGUAAAGCACUAUGAAGCGGUAUAUAAGUCUAAGUGCUAUUGAUAUAUAUAUAUAUAUAUAUGCAUAUUUUUUCUAGCCAGGUUUUACCUACGUAAACUGAGUUGUUCUGCAGCCCUGGUUCUGUGAAAUCUCAUUCACAAGCUUCUGGGCUUUUUUUCUGUUGACAAACUGCAACUCUGUGUUGCUCUCAACAGAGAGCAGAACUCUCAACAGCUUGUGAAUGAGAUUUCACAGAACCGGUUUUCGCGGGUGUUUGUAUGUAGGUCUUUGGUUAUUCGGUUUUUCUCCCACGUAAAAUUGGAAGUGUCUUGGCGACGUUUCAACAAAGUCUCAUUCGUCAUCUUCAGGCUGGUGUUUUCGGCUUCGUGCUUCUAGGAGCAAUAUAUAUAUAUAUAGGAUAAGGCUUCAAUCAUGAGUUAUGCCUGCCAUCUUGACUUUUUUGCCCCUUUCCUGGGGCAAAAGAAAAAAAAAAGACACAGAAGGAAACUCUCUUGCUCACGGUUGGAAUCGGGAAUACUGACUUUUCGCUACACACGGCCUUACGAUCCAUUCGUAAAGGAGGCCUACCAGUAGAUUUGCUGCUGAAUUAAUGCAGAGCAAAACCACGACAUGAAAGCACCAUGGAAUUCACUGCCAACUGCCUGUGGAAAACAGAUAACCUGGGGGAGCGGGGAGGAAUGUUCGCUAGCAUGCUUCUCCGCCUUAUUGCAUUGACCCACUUUUGAGGUUUGCACGACGCCGCGCUGACUUGCAAAUCAGCUGAACGGAUUGGGUUUAUCCAACACUACGAAACUAAAAUUAGGAUUAAAAAAACCAUCAAAGAUUGGAGGGGGGGGGACGGACGGACAGACGAAUGAAACCGCUAGGUAUUGUAACUGACCAGGAAAAGCGUGCCUUGGGAACGCAGCCAAUAUUGUCGGGAAAAAAGGGAAAGGGUUUGCAAGCCUUGGUAGCACAGUGGACUAAAGCACACUGUGAUUAACAUCUGCUGCUUGCAAUUACUGCAAGUUCGAAUCUCACCAGGCUCCAGGUUGACUCAGCCUUCCAUCCUUUCUAAGGUAGGUGAAAUGAGGACCCAGUUUGUGGGGGCAAUAAGCUGACUUUGUAUAAAAUAUACAAAAGUAUGAAGGCUAUUGCUUAACGCAUUGUAAGCCGCCCUGAGUCUCCGGAGAAGGGCGGCAUAUAAAUUAAAGCAAAAAAAAAAAAAAAAAGCUUGUGACUUAAAACAAUGGGCAGCUUUUAUUGUUUCUGAAGGCAGGGAUGGAAGUCCUUCCAGAGUCCUUGGUGUUCUCUGAGCUUGGUGGCGUUUUUUGCAAACGUUUCAUUACCUAACUAGGUAACGUCAUCAAUGCUAGGAGGCAGCUUCAAAUAUUCUCUUCUAUCCGUACCUUCCAGACCUGUUCAUCAGAAUAAGGGGGAAAAACAAGAAUUGUGCUUGGGUGCCAAAUGCAUUGCAAGCACGCAACUUUGAUGACCAAUUUUUUGUCCCCUUCCUAUUUUUCUGAUGCCCUUGAAAGUAGUUUUUAGUUUCCUCUUCCCCAUUUUCCUCUUUCUCUUUUCUAUUCUUGGGACGGGUGAGCAAAUAGGAUUAUCUAUACCUAAUACGAUCAAAGACAUUGCUCCUUAUGCACUUCAAACCAGUGGGCUUGUUUGCAGGAAAAGUCCUCGCCGAACAAUCUUUUUAAAAUUCCUUUUGUCUAUUUCUCUGCGAAGUCAAUCGUGAUGUCUUAAAUUUGCACUCUGACAUACAUACAAUUAUGAACAGAUUAAUUUUUUUGGGGGGGGGAUGUAUCCACCUGGCUGUGCACCGGGGCUUAAUAUGUUCUUCUUGACUUUUUCUUUCUUGCUUUUUUCCUUCCUUCCUUCCUGUCCUUCCUUCCAUCUUUUCCUUUCUUUUCUUUCCCUUCCCUUUCUCUUUUUUCUUCCUUUUUCCUCCCUCCCUUUCUUCUUUCUCUUCCUUUUUCUUUCCCUUCCUUGCCUCUUUCUCCUUCCUUCCUUGCCUUUUCUUUCUUUUCUUUCUUUCCUUCCUUCCUGUCCUUCCUUCCAUCUUUUCCUUUCUUCUUUCCCUUCCCUCUUUUUUCUUCCUUUUUCCUCCCUCCCUUUCUUCUUUCUCUUCCUUUUUCUUUCCCUUCCUUCCUUGCCUCUUUCUCCUUCCUUCCUUGCCUUUUUUUUUCUUUUCUUUCUUUCCUUCCUUCCUGUCCUUCCUUCCACCCAUCUUUUCCUUUCUUUUCUUUCCCUUCCCUUUUUUUUCCUUUUUCCUCCCUCCCUUUUUCUCUUCCUUUCUUUCCCUUCCUUUCUUGCCUCUUUCUCCUUCCUUCCUUGCCUUUCUUUUUCUUUUUUCUUUCUUUUCUUUCUUUCCUUCCUGUCCUUCCUUCCAUCCAUCUUUUCCUUUUUCUUUCCCUUCCCUUUCUUUUUUCUUCCUUUUUCCUCCCUCCCUUUCUUUCCCUUCCUUCCUUGCCUCUUUCUCCUUCCUUCCUUGCCUUUCUUUCUUUUUCUUUCUUCUUUCUUUUUCUUUCUUUCUUUCUCUUUCCUUCCUUCCUUCCUUCCUUCCUUUUCUUCUCUCUCUUUGUGCCUUUUGCUGUUCCUCUUGUCUUUUGUCACUGACAGCCCGUGGAUUUCAAAUCAGCCUAAGUCAGCAAUUACACAGGCUGGGCGUUGACCAAGCUGUUGACAAGUGGCUGGCUGUUUAAAACUGACUUCACAAUCCACACGUCAGCUAGAAGAAAUACUGAAGCAGGCUUCGCUCCUAGGUUUCUUUUCAACCAAGAGGUUGUCCAAUUUCUUCUUCAUAACUUCCAGCGUUGGAGCAGCCACAACUUCCGGUGGCAAGCAGUUCCACCGGUUAAUUGUUCUGACUGUCAGGAAAUUCCUUCUUAGUUCUAGGUUGCUUCUCUCCUUGAUCAGUUUCCAUCCGUUGCUUCUUCUCCUGCCCUCAGGUGCUUUGGAGAAUAAGGGAAAAGUUAAGGGAUGGUGGCCCAGAUUCUACAACUUUGCUCAUUUCUGUAAAUACAUUUAACUUCCGCUUGAGCUUGUCUAUGUUUAAUGAUCUACCUCAAAGAACCCAAAUGCUGUUAUUUACCUUCCCAUUUUGAUGUAAGUUGUCAAUUUAACUAAUAAAGAGCAUCGAUCAA